AUGACCCAACUGAUCGUGUCAAAUUAUGUAUUCAUUUGGUUUCCUAUAUUCCAACCGCAAAAUCAAAAUUCACAAACACCCCAUUUUCUAUUUUCGUCCAUAUUUAACCCCUCUAUCGGAAAUGUUACUCCAACUUCUUUGCCGUUUCCAACUCAAUUCAGUGCAUCAAGACAUAACUCAUCUGGUGUUGGUGGCUCUUCUAACCCAUCCUCUCAGACUCCUAUACGAUCUAGUCCAAAUUCGCAAUAUUCAGAUUUUGCCAACCCUCGUGGAUUAGAUGCUAUCAACCUUAAUGAUGAUGAAAUUGAAGAUCGGAGGCAAUAUAGUAUUCAACACUGGCAUUGGAAAGAGGAUGAGAUGCUGAUCAGUGGAUGGUUAAAUGUUUCAACUGACCCUGUAGUUGGUACCGAUCAAAAGGAAAAAAUAUUUUGGAGUCGAAUUCAUAGCUACUGUGUAGAAUUUUGCUCCGACAUGACAAGGGGGGUAGUUGCAUGUAAGAAACGAUGGUAUAAGAUCAACAAGGCUGUUGCACAAUUUGCUGGUUGCUAUGAUCAAGCUAGUCGAAACAUAAGGAGUGGUUCGAACGCUGAUGAUAUAAAGGAGUUGGCUUAUAAGCUUUAUUCCACAAAUUAUGGUCAAAAGUUCACUUUUGAGAGGCAUUGGAACAUGCUUCGGUUGGAGCAAAAAUGGAGAAGCCAACUACCUACACAGAGUGGCGGCUCAAAGAGAACCAAGGUUAGUGCAACUGGAGCAUACUCAUCCUCAUCAAACCCAGAAACACUGUUGGCUGACGAACCCGGUGUGGACUCUCCCGUUCGCCCACAAGGAUCAAAGAAGAGCAAGCGAAAAGGUAAGGGAAAAGCACAGAUGUCUGAAGAUUUUAGCGAAAGAAAAUCAUCGGUUGUCAAAAAAUUAUCUCUCAUGGAAGAUAUUAAGAAUGUUAGAGAAAAGGAACUAAUAGAUAGGAAAAAAGAAAGAGAAGAGGAGAAGGAACAUAGAGCAAAGAUUAUGGCAAUCAAAGAGAAGGAGUUACAAAUUCAAGCGGCAAUGAAAGAACAAGAAUUACAAGCUCAAGCAGCAAUGAAAGAAAAAGAAUUACAAACUCAGAGGUAUAUUAAAGAAAUGGAGAUAAAAGCAAAAGAAAGGGAAAUGGAAAGGAUGGCCAAGGAAAGGGAAAGGGAAAUGGAUAUGCAAAUACUUAAUGCUGACACGUCUACAAUGAGUGAAAAACGACGAGCUCUUCAUGAGAUUGUAUGUGAGAAAAUAAUCACCAAGUGGUUUACUUAA